CGUCUAUUUGCGUUGUGAUUCGACGCCACUUCGUAGCCUUGGUAUGAGCAGAUUGUUUACUUCAGUUCUGGCCUUCACAGUGAGGGUCUCCUCCAUAUGCACUCCUGAUAUGCGACGAGAUUCAUCGACUUUCGGUCUCUAGUAUCCACUCUUUGGCAGCCUUCCUCGUUUCAUUUUGCCAGUCCAGAGCGCUUUUCGAUCGAGGCUCAUUUCUCUCUAUUGGGAGAAGUCGACAUGUCAAUCCCAGGCGCCAUCUUUAGCAGUGUCAACUUCACCUUCAAGUUUGUCGAAUUCAUCAUUCAGCUAAACGAGGUCGCCUCCGAAAACCUAGUUUUUGUCAAAUUAGUAUCAGGCGUUCGACGUGACUACGAAGAAGCCAGAAGAUUGCGCGCCUUACCCGUCGUUAAAUCCCAUCUCGACAUCCUCCCAAAUCGACGAGAUUGGAUCGAUGCGACAAUCAGCGAUGUCGAGAAUGCAAUCGCCGACAUCGGCCGGUAUACCGAGAAUGCUCGUGCGGAUCGAGAGCGCGAUGGGGCGGUAGACUUCAAAUAUCGACUGCAGUGGGUGCUGAGCCAUCGCGAAAAGUUUGUGACGAGGGAAACUCGACUGAGUACGUGUCACCAAUCUAUGCUGUCUGCUCUAGAGACGAUGGUGCAGGUUGAGUCAAGAGAAAUGCUCGGCGGUGCUGGAGCUUUCGACGCGACACCUCCACCAUACGAGGUAGUGUUUCAAGGCGAUUUGAAUCCCCGAGGCCAUUUCGCGCGGAGGAAGAUCAUGAGAAAAGGGGAAUCUCAGAAUCUGAUUGAUCUCUCCGAUGAAAAAGAGGACCAGGCUUCAGGGGACUAUACGAGAGUCUCGCAAGCAGUUCAAACAACUGAAAGAAUGUUCCAUCAGUACUCAGGUCCACAUCCCGAAGUUUCCAGCUCAGCAUCAGUAGUACCAUCCCCACUUGGAGGGUACCUUUCACCGGAGUAUCGUGCCUCCGUUUCAUCCAGACACUCGGAAGCGAUUUCAGAUCACCCUGCGCUUUCGCCAUGCACCUCUGACCUACGGCCCACAAGCCCGCCGUCGACAUGUUCUUCCUCUACCUUUUCACCUAACCACACGAACUUCUCCGCCCCAGGCUCCAUUCCUUCCCAGUUUAGUGUGGUGGAUAGUGAGGGACCUCAAAGUUACAUCGGAGAUAAGUCGGUGGAUUCAAGGAGGAGCCAUCCUCAUCUCUCGUUCUCUCAGGAAUGGGAUGCAUUGUAUGGAGCAGGAGACAUAUUUGCCACAAAUAACAGUUUCAAAGAAGUCCUCCAACCAACUACUCCUUCGGGCUCAUUUCCAGAACACCGAAGUCAGCAAUCUUUGGAACAAAAUGUCUCGACAAGUCCAGCUAUGCUUUAUCCGUUCGCGGGAACCACAUCUGGUCGAGCAGACACCAUAAACCCCCAGAUACCUGAAGGAACCGCGCCUAUGGCUCCUCUAUCAGCGGGCUUAGAACGUCGCCGGAGGAAGAAAGCCAUGUUCGAUGCCGCUGUAGCAGACCAGGAAAUGUUCUGAGCCGAUAUUCCUUGAAAAGGUUGAGCGCUGCCGUAGAUCCAUAUUGCACGAGAAUGGAUGGAUUGGAUCGAAUAUUGGAGGAAGGUUGGAUUAGAUCAGAGUUGAAUAUAUAUAUUGACUAUUUCAUAGGUCCUUCUGUUAAGCAUGCAGUUGCACCAGUCCCUUACGAUAGCCAUCAAUGCU